AUGGAACAAAUAAGUACACAUAUCAUCCUCCUCUUGACUUGCAAUCAUCCCAUCCAUAAAAAAACAAAAUCUCUCAUCACAAUGGCAUCAAGCUCAGUGUCUUCUCAAAGCUCUGGUUCGUGGACAGCUAAGCAGAACAAAGCCUUUGAGCAGGCUCUAGCAACCUAUGACCAGGAUACUCCUAACCGUUGGCACAAUGUUGCCCAAGUUGUUGGUGGAAAAACAACAGAAGAGGUAAAAAGACACUAUGAACUCCUUGUGCAAGAUAUCAACAGCAUAGAGACCGGUCAUGUCCCAUUCCCAAACUACAAAACCAAUGGCAGGCAAUUUCAGGAAGAAAAGAGGUAUUUAUUGCCCUAA